AUGCUUCUCAAUACAUCAGAGGUUGAUGUCUUCUCUUUCCUACUGAUUGGGAUCCCCAGCCUUUAGCAUGUGCGUAUUUUGAUCUUCAUACCCAUCUGCCUCAUGUACAUCAGAGCCCUCCUGGGCAACUGCACCAUCCUCUGUGUCAUCAGAACAGAGCCUUCCCUGCAUGAGCCCAUGUAUUAUUUCCUUUCUAUUCUGGCCCUGUCUGACCUGGGCCCGUCCUUCUUCUCCAUCCCCACUAUACUGCAAAUAUUCAUGUUAAAUGCCAUGGGUAUUUCUGCUGAUACCUGCACUGCCCAGGAAUUCUUCAUCCAUGGAUUCACAGAUAUGGAGUCCUUGGUGUUCUUAAUUAUGUCUUUUGAUCUUUUUGUAACGGUUCGCCACUCCCUGAGAUACAGACCCAUCCUUACCAGCUCCAGAGUUGCGCAAAUUGGGCUAGCAUCUGCUGUUAAAAGCAUUCUCCCAGUGCUCCUUCCUCAUUUUACUUUAAAGAGACUUAGACACUGGGCCUGCUCUGACAACAGGGUUAACUUUUACUCUGGGUUGUUUGUUGCACUCUGCAUGGUGUCAGUGUCUUUACAUGUCUCGUACGUGUUCAUUCUGAAAACUGUGUUGGGUAUCGCAUCCUAUGGGGAGCAACUCAAAGCUUUCAACAUCUGUGUCUCCCACAUCUGUGCUGUGCUUAUCUUCUAUGUGCCCAUCAUCACCUUGGCUACCAUGCAUUGCUUUGCUAAGCAUAGGUCCACCAUAGCUAUGAUUCUGAUGGCAGGUGCGUUCUUACUUGUACUACCCUUGAUGAAUCUCAUUGUACACUGUACAAAAACUUGGCAGAUUAGAGUAAACGUCUUAGAAAAAUUGGGCCUGAAGCCUAAGUGA